ACCAAAGUAGCGUCAAUAGAAACCCCUUGUUUCCGAUCAUGCCUUCUUUCAGGCAACUGCUAUUUUUUCGCAAACAUGCCACUCGCAAAAGACUUAUUGCACCCAUCCCCUGAGGAGGAGAAGAGGAGCCACAAGAAGAAGCGUCUUGUCCAGAGCCCGAACUCCUACUUCAUGGAUGUUAAGUGCCCAGGAUGCUACAAGAUCACAACGGUGUUCAGCCACGCCCAGACGGUUGUGCUGUGUGUGGGUUGCUCCACAGUUCUGUGUCAGCCCACUGGAGGCAAAGCACGUCUCACAGAGGGGUGCUCAUUCAGGAGGAAGCAGCAUUAGUUGUAAGAGAAGUGUAAGAGGAGGGGUUGGACAUGUUGAUCUCAGCGACUCCAGCCUCGAUACAGAACCCACUGCAUCCAAGAAAGACUGAUCCAGAAGUGCUCAUGAUGCCUGGACACCAGAUGGGAUUACUCAUUCAAUGUGAUAGUCCACUUUGUUGCAGUAACUGAACUCUUCAACCCAAUCUCUUUUAAUACAAUUGUUUUGGCUAAAGAAUUGGUGGUUUGUACUUUUUUGUUUCCUUUUCAAUAUUUGUAUAAAUUGGGAUUGAAUUUUUUUUAUCCACAUCAGUUGGGUAAUUCACAUGAAACCAGUUAAAAAAUAUAUAUAUACAUGUCUGUAGCAAAUUGAGUUACAAAACCAUGAUGCGUUUGCAAAAAUCAACUAUCAUUAUGAGGACUAAGGUCAACAUUUUUGUCAAAGUGUCUUAUUUUAAAUUGUACGUUCUCGCAUGAAUUUUGUACAUUUUCAGUUUUCAUUACCUUUUUCGGAUUAAAUUCUCGAGUCAUUUAAUACAAUUUUACUUUAGAAAAACGUAAUUUCUUUGAAUAAAACUGCUGUAGUUUGUCCAUAAAUAACAAAACUAGUUUAAGUAUACAUUAAACGAUAAUAUUAUGCGUGUCAACAUGCAUCUCACUUUGUGGAGUUUUUACAGGAACUUUAAAAUCAGUUCAGUGGUUAUUCACAUAUGAUGCAUGAUCAAGAGGAGUAGUCCUUAGAUGAACACAAGUAAAUGUAUUUGCUUAUACGCCUUCAGAAUGAGGUUCUUAUUCUCAAACAACCCCUUUAACCAACUUGGCCUUCUCAUUACUGAAACGGCAAGAAAAGCUCCAAUUAGGAAAGUGAUGUGAAUUUUAUUGUGUAAUUAAAAUUUCGAUAUUUGUAUUUUCAGUUUAAUUCUGGCCUUUUCACAAGGGGAACAAUGUUCUAUCGGAAGUUGAUUUGUUUACUUUUAUUGGACAAACUGUUGCGGUAAUGAGAAUGUUGUGGGAAUUGUCAAAUGCAUAAUCUGAUUAAAGAAAGAAAAGGAAAUGGAUAAGUAC